UUAUUAUAAUAUUUAUUAAAGUAAAACAAUUAAGAUUUAAUAUUGAGUUGUAACAAUAUUAAUAUAAAAUGAUUUAGCAUUUCUCAUAUUAUAUAUAAAUUAGGGUUAAAAAACUGUAUUUCUUUCCACUAAUCAAGUCUUAUUAUCACUCUCUCAUCUCAAAGAAAAAAAAAAGCUGCAACUUGAGAAAUUGUGAAAGAAUGGAUUUGGAGUUAGCAUGGAAUCAAAUGUCAGCAAACAUUUUCAAGAAUUUACAUGAACUGGUCAAAAAAUCAAAAGAUCCUAAAAGCAUUAUGGAAUUAGCAAAAGAUUAUCGCUCUCUUCUCAAGGCUGCAUCAACAAUUUUGGGGUGUAAAGACGAGAUUCAAUCGAAAAUGAUUGUGUUGAUAAAACAAGCUCACUGUCUCAACAAGCGUGUGGAUGAUUUUCAUGACAAAUUACACCAAAACUACAACAUUCCACAUUUUGGUGAGACUGAAUCUUUCAAGGAUUACUUGAAAGAUUUACAAGAGUUUAUGACAAUGUGGAAGGAAGAAACCGAAAAAGGAAGAAGAAAAGGCGAAAAGAGUUUGAUUGAGUGGCUGCAAGAGCUUGAUCAAUCUCAGAGAAAGAUUACUUUUGAGGCCAUGAAGAAUGUGGUGAUUGAUCUUGGCAUUAAUGUCUCUAAAAUCAUCACUGAUUUUCUGUUAUUGGUGGUGAUUUUGGGUGAUAGGAAACACAUAAUCAAGAAUCUUGAUGAUUUCAAGGCUAUGAUAAAACUACUAAGUGUUGAGAAGAAUAAGGACAAUUCUAUUGUGAUCAAGGCUUUCUUAGGUGUGAUCCAAUUAGUAGAAACAACAAUGGGAAAGAGAAAGGGCUUGAAUGGGAACAGAGGAGAAGAGACUGAGAUUGCGGGCAAGAUAGAACUCGAGAUCAUGAGAAUGAUUCUUAAAGAAAUUUUGAGACUUGAAGUUGCUCUUUGUUGUCCUGAUUUGGUUAUGGUGUUAACAGAUGAGGUGUACUUAUCUAUGGGAAUUCAUCUCAGAAAUUUCUUUGGGACCAAAUUGAAUGAUGUGAAUAUGAAGAUGAAUGCGCUGAGGAUGGAAGUUGCUUUGUUGUCUUUUGUCCAAAGUCAUAAAGAUGAAAAUGAAGUUGAAUUUGUUAAGGAAACAAUGGCUAUAGAAGUUCAGAACAUAUGGAACAAACUUGACCUUUAGUACUAAUCAUGCAAUUAAGAGUUUGUUUGUAUGAAUUUUAAUGAAGAUUGUCUUUGAGUUUGAUCUUUGCUCUGAAUCCUUUCAUAAUGUUUAUUCUUGAAUUUUAGAGUUGCACGUAAUUCCUGAAAUGACUAAUUAAUUAUAUUUUUCCUCAACAAAUCCUUGAUAUUCAGAUCAUUUCCAAACCAUUUCAUGAAGUGACAAAUUUUGUGUCGUAAGAAAUAAACGACAUGUCGUGUAGUAACUGAUGAUCCAAUUCACACACAUCUCUUAGCAUGGAGAUAUGUCAACAAAAACAUUUCCAUGAAGUUCAAAGAACUGGAAAACUCAGAAGAUUUUCAAUACUUCUUGGAAAUAGCACAUGAAUACAGGUCCUUGCUUGUUGCUGCAUCAGCCCUUUUGGGGAAUAAUGAAGAUGGUCAUGAGAAAUUCACACUCGAAUUCAUAGACAUGACGAAUCAAGCCGAGUGUCUUAGCAAACACGCCGAUGAGUUUUAAGACAAACACUUCAAGUACAACAUUCCAUAUCUUGAUCAUCACUGUUUCAAGGAUUACUUGAAAGAUUUGCAAAAGUUCAUGACAAUUUGGACUAAAGAAACCGAAAAGGGAAGAAGAGAAGGCAAAAAGAGUUUGAUUGAGUGCAACACCUUGAUCAUCAAUCUCGGAGAAAGAGUACUUUUGAGGCCAUGAAGACAGUUGUGAUUGAUCUUGGCACAAAUAUGUCUUGGAUUUUUUGGUGGUGAUUUUGGGUGAUAGGAAACUUAUAAUGAAGAACCUUGAUCAUUUCAAGGCUAUGAUAAAGCUACUGAGUGUUGAGAAAAGUAAUGAUGUUUCCAUUAUGAUCAAGACUUUCUUAUGUGUGAUUCAAUUAGUAGAAAGAAAAAUGAAAAAAAACAAGCAGAGUUUGAUUGUGAACAGAGCAGCAAAGAAUGAUAAUAAUGACACAGAAUUAGAGCUCCUUCGAAUGAUCCUCAAGGAAGUCUUGCGCCUUGAAGUCGCUCUUUGUUGUCCCGACUUGCCUAUGGCGUUGACAGAUGAGGUGUACUUAUCCAUGGGAACUCAUCUCAGAAAUUUCUUUGAGACCAAAUUGAGUGAUGUGAGCUUGAAGAUGAAUGAGCUGAGGAUGGAAGCUGCCUUGUUGCCUGUUGUCUGAAGCCAUAAAGAGGAAAAGAAAGUGAAUUUUGUUAAGGAAACAAUAGCUCUUGGGAUUCAAAAGAUAUGGAAAAAACUUGAGCUUUGGUUAAUCAUGCUAAUUAAGAUUAUGACUGUAUCAAAUCAAACUAUUGUCUUUUUUUUGAUUAGUGAUCUUUAGUAAUGAUGGAAUGAGAAGUGAAAGUUCAAGCAUGAUAAUUUUGUUGCAUGUGUCAGACUUUAGAGCAAAUAAUGAUCUCAAAACUGUCAUUUUCUUGCUAAAGUAGUUAAUUAAUGCAAAUGGAUUUAAUGAAUGAACACAAAAA